AUGACUUUGCUAGAUGAUUGCCAAGAGCACUUUGCUUCUCGCGAUCUUUAUCAAAUAAUUGGUGUGGAUAAAUCGGCAAGUUCAUCGGAAGUUAAACGAGCUUACUACAAGUUAUCAUUGAAAGUCCAUCCAGAUCGUGUUGAUGAGGGAGAGCGAGAAAGUAGCACCAAGAAAUUUCAAGUAUUAGGUCGGAUACACAGUGUAUUAUCAAACUCUGACGCUAGAGCUCUUUAUGAUGAAUCCGGUGAAAUUCUCGAUGAAGAUCUACCUGAAGCGCAGCAAGAUCGUGACUGGAGCCAGUACUGGCGAUUACUAUUUCCAAAAAUUACUUUAAAAGAUAUUCAAGAAUUCGAAACGAAGUAUAGAAAUUCUGCUGAAGAAAAGAAUGAUUUGAUUGGAUACUAUGUACAGCUCGAAGGAGAUAUGGAGACGAUCAUGGAAAAUAUGAUGUGUUCUCGAAUCGAAGAUGAGAAUCGCUACUACAAAAUUCUCAAUCCACUUAUUGAAAGUGGUGAACUUCCAGAGUUUAAAUCCUUUCAACGUGAUUCAAAAAAACGAAAGAAAAGGAAGAAAAAUGCUGAGAAAGAAGCAAGAGAAGCGACAAAAUUAAAGCAGGAAUUAGGCAUUAAUGAAAGUAACGAUUUAACCUCAAUGAUUCUAAAAAGACAGGAAAAUAGGAUGCGACAAUCUGAGAACUUUCUUGCAUCGUUAGAAGCAAAAUAUGCUAACAGCUCCAAAAAGGGUAAAAAGAGAAAAUAG